AUGAGAUUAUCCAUCACAAUUGUGCUUCUGCUGCUGUCGGCUGUCGUGGUUCUCGCGGGUCGUCCCUCAAAGAGCGAAUCGGGCUGCCACGCAUUGAGAACAGGCUCAGCCAUCGCGAACUCUCUAUGCUUAUAUGAAGAGUCGUCUGACCCUCAUCAAGCGGUUUACGACACAAACCCUAUCGUCGCAUUAGCAGACUCGGCCCAAACAGAGGCCGACGACUCUCUCUACAUACAGGCUAUUGAGCCCGCGCAAUCUCCAUGGCUGGCAGCUGCAACAAACGACGGGACAGGAUUAGAGCCUUUGAAAGAUAAGAUCGGCGCCACGCUGACUAUUCGCUCUCGUCUUAAAGCACGGAGUGAGGGUGCAUUGGGCAAGACGCCAUGGAUCGGCAUGGCCAUGGGGCUGAUGUGUACAACAUUGGCUGCAGUGGUGCUAGGAUGA